UGUUUUGUUAGCUUCGCUUGGGGUAGCUAUCUCUGGGAUUUUACUUAUGUUGACCUUGAGAAUACAUGGAACAAAAUACAUAAUUAUUUAUCACUUUCUGAGCGUCGUCAAACUUUAAAGUACUCCGUCUCAGGAUUUACGGCUCCAAUAAGGAUAUGGAUAUAUGAGAUGAUUCUGGCUGUUCGUGCAUGUGGAUUUGUAUUGAGAAAAAAUAAAGACUUGCCUCGGAUGAAACGAUGGAGUGGAACAAAAAAAUUGAAAUGGGUUGACGUGAACAAGAUUUGGUCAAAGAUACAGGAGGGGCAACCACCAAGACAAAACAUGUUACCGGGUGAUGGUGAGAUGACAUCUUGUUAUUAUAUGUCAUUUCAAGAGUACGUAUAUGGUGAAGGGAAAGCAGUUCCAUCCCCAGUACGGGACCAUUUUAGGAGACAAGACGAAUCUUCGUCUAGUAUGUCGUCCAGUGUCGCUCUCAUGGUAGAGGUCGGGGCAGUGGGAAACACAACCUAGACGAGGUGUUGAAACGGCUACAUGCACUGGAGCAGCAUGUGUUUAUGAACCGACAACCUACAGAGGUUGUGCAAGAUGAAGUGAUGAAUAAAAACAAUACAACUGAAAAUAUUUUUGGUGAUAUUCAAGACGACAAGGUGUUGGAGGAGAGGAAUGACUAUGUGGGGAACAAAUUUGAUGAUGAUGUGUUUGAUGUAAAUGAUUAUAGUGAAGUUAAAGAGGAGUCGGAGGAGAGGAAUGACAAUGCGGGGAACAAAUUUGAUGAUGAUGUACCGGACGAAGACGAAAUAAUAAUAACGGGAAUUAUAGAUUAUUUUGAUGAGUAUGAUGGCAAAGAAGUUACACCCGAUAAACCGAGGACUCGAAAAUCAUCACAAUAUUUGUGUCCUCCUUACACCGAGGUAUUUGUUUUAUUUAUAAACUCAUGA